AUGCCGCGAGCAGCAAAACCGACCGGAAAGUCGAGACACGAUCCUCUGCACGUACAGCUCGACGAGGAUGAGGUUUACGCAAAGUACGGACGGCUGUCUCGCCCAGGGAAGCGGACAACAUCAAAGGGGGCAGCGGACGAGGAUGAGGACGACAGAGGGGUGAUCCUGGACCCCAAGACCUCUAGGAAGAUCUUUGAACUUGCGAAGGACCAACAGGAAGAGGUUGGCACUUGGGAGGACGACGAGGACGAGGAGGCAGAGGCAGAACGGCCAAGCUUCACUACUCCCCGGACUCAAGACGUCGAUGAGGAUGAGGAGGACGACCUGGAUCGAUAUGAGCAAGACGAAUACGAAGAGGAAGUCGAGGAGAUUGAGGUAGAUGAGGGUGACCUGAAAACACUUGACGCACUUCUGCCCGCGAACGCCGGCGAGCGCAGAACAUUAGCUGACAUCAUCUUCGCAAAACUGGAUGAUAUGGAAUCUGGGAAGACAACCGUCAUCCGGAAAGUCGCACAAGACCCUGACCGGGCGCCAGAUCCUGCCGCCGGGCUCAACCCGAAAGUUGUCGAAUUAUACUCAAAAGUCGGCGUCGUACUAUCGCGAUAUAAAUCGGGGCCCCUCCCCAAGCCCUUCAAAAUUAUACCCUCCCUCCCCGCCUGGGCGCGCAUGCUUGCGCUCACGAAGCCAGAGGAGUGGACGCCCCAGGCAUGCCACGCCGCGACGCGGAUCUUUGUCUCGCAGAUGAAGCCGCCACAGGCCCGCGUCUUCCUCGAGGGAGUGCUCCUCGACGCGAUACGGGAAGACAUCCGCUUGACGCGCGAGGGCGCGCGGAAGAACAAAAAUCACCGGAAGCUGAACGUGCAUUAUUAUGAAGCCAUGAGGCGGGCGCUGUACAAGCCCGCGGCGUUCUUCAAGGGAAUUGUGUUCCCUCUUCUGGGUUCAGGGUGCACCCUCCAAGAAGCCGCGAUCGUCGCCUCCGUGCUCGCCAAGGUCAAGGUGCCGCUCAUGCACUCGGCCGCGGCGCUCAUUCGGCUCGCAAACAUGGACUACUCCGGGCCAAACUCGCUGUUCAUACGCGUGCUGCUCGACAAGAAGCACGCGCUGCCGUUCAAGGUCGUCGACGCGCUUGUCUUCCACUUCAUCCGCCUUUCGAACACGUACAAGGCGCGGCGCGGGGGCGAUGUGGAGACGCUCCCCGUGCUGUGGCACCAGUCGCUGCUCGUGUUUUGUCAGCGAUACGCGUCGGAUCUGACGCCUGACCAGAAGGAUGCGUUGCUCGACGUCGCGCGGGUGACCUCUCACCCACAAAUCAGCCCCGAGAUCCGCAGAGAGCUGGUGAACUCGGUUGCGAGAGGAGAUCUACGGCCGGAUGCCGAUGGAGACGUCUCUAUGAGUUGA